AUGUCUGCCGCCGCCGCGACGGAGUCCGCGCCGUUUUGCGUCAACGCGGGCACCGCAGGGCCGCGUCCCCACGGCCACCUCGUGCUCCCGGCGGGCCGGGUCCGCGAGGUGCUCGCGUUCGCGGCGGGCGCCGUGGCGGACGCGCUCGUGCUCCUCUCCUCCGCGCACCGCGUCUCCUCACCUGCGCCUCCGCCCGGCCGCCUCCUCGCGCGGCGGCGCGGCCCCGCACGCCGCGUCUCCUCCCCUCGCGCCCCCGCCCCGCCGCCUCCUCGCGUGACGGCGCGUCCCCGCGCGCCGUGUCUCCUCCCCCUCGCCUCCGUCCCCGCCCGGCUGCAUCCUCGCGCUGCGCGUCUCCUUCCCCGCGCCCCCGCCCGGCCGCCUCCUCGCACUGCGGCGCGUCCCCGCGCGCCGCAUCUCCUCCUCUGCGCCUCCGCCUCCCCGUCCGUCCGCGACGCACUCUCCGCCGCCGACUCCUCGCCCGAGCGUCGAGCGGAGGCCCCGGGCUGCGGCGGGAGGGGGGACGGGGAGACCGGUGCGGCGGGCGGGCGGGCGGGGAGAUCGUAG